GCUCCAGCGCUCAGAUGUGAGACGACGUUGACUGCGAACGGAAGUGGUUACAUACGCUGAAACGCGCGCGCGAUUUUUUUGCUAUUCGUCGCCGGGAAAAUUUUUGCACUGCAGCAGAGGCCAGGAGAGACACAGUCGCAGCCUUGAUGGGUUCCUCCAUCUUUCGUUUUUGCCUUGUUCUUCAAUUUGUAAUUACAUGUCGCGUUACCGUCACGGGGAGCGUUUGAGAUUGUGCUUCGUGUGGGAAAACUAUUGUCAUGUGAAGAGCACAGUGGAUGAGGAGGAAAAUUUGAAAUAGAAGUGAUGUGCUGAGAGGAAAUUUUGCGGAAGCAAUUUUUAUUAUCGCAGACUGAAUACCGGACUGAAUCUGAGAGCAUCAGCAGUGUGAGGAAAGGCGUUUUUUGUGUGUUUCGCAAACUCGGGGUCACUUUGUUCCGAAAAAUGCUCGAUGCAGCAUUCUUACUUUGAGAGAAGAAAAGUGUUAUGUGUGUGUGUGAUAGUGUCCAGUUAAGAAAAAGUGUGUAGGACGUGCAUAACUCGUGCACUUCACCUCCAGACGAACGAUGUGCAUCGCGCUUCGCUUCUUUAUACCUUAACCUGAUUUGCUCCUACGCCGGAACAAAGUAGGCGUGCAGUUACUCAACCAACGCCAUUGUCGGUCGCAUCCAAGUUUGAAUCAAAUCACACAACACGAAGCCGGUCAUCUGCGGUCCGCAGCCUACUUGGUCAACAAUUUGGAAUUUGCCAAUAUUGUAAACGCGGCUUCUUUUUUAAACAAUUUGCAGAAAGAAAACAACAAAUAUACAAACGCGCGUAGGAUGUUGAUGAAGCGGAUGAUGUCAUAAAUUUAAAUUCAAAAAUUUGCUCAACUGCACGGAGUGGUAAACACAGAAGCACCAACAAGGUUCAGUUAAUUAACACACCGAAGAAACCCAGCGUUGUGUAAAACGAUUGCCUCUAAUUGGAAGCAACAGCGUCGCGUAACCAUUGCAUUGCAUUCUUCUGCAAUAAUCUGAGUAUGGAAAUUAUGUUGUCAGUGCUGCACAAGAGAAGAAAACAAGAGUAAUUUUCUUCAAAAGAAGUGUACACAACUAGAGUGAUUUAUGAACGUUUUCUAGGUAGUCCCAUGUGUUAGUGUGCUUUUAUGGUUCUCUGCUUUGGUAUCGUUUUCGACACUUGAGCCUUUUGCUCCGGCUAAUAAAACACACAAGCCAAAUGAGAUCUUUUUCGUGUGUAGUGGUUGUAAACAAGGAUUGAAUGUUUGUGUAUUCCAUCAACGUGUUUUAAAAGUGGUUUUACACCUUCGUGUUUCUGUGUGUGAAUAAGUCGUAAAAGUAAAAAAAAAAAUCCAGAUCAAAGUGGGCUGGAGUCAAAACAAACAAAGUCUGAGCAGCUAGACCAUUACCUCCGAUUGCUUUGAUUGAAAACCACAAUCCCACCGAGCAACCCGGCACAAAGCAGUGCAAAAUGGCUGCCACCUUCCUUCAUGAAGGCCCAAUUUAUCACUGUCAUCGGUAUCGUGCUCAUACUGUCGUUAUUCAACUGUAGGAUGAUUUAAGCAUCAACGGAGAGACUUGUCUCGUGGAAGAUUGUAUUUAGAUCCGAAAUAGCAUCAGCAAAAUUCAAAUCGUCGCUUCGUCGCCGUUUUGUGUGAGCGUAACUUCCGGACAUUGAGCCAUACACGUUUUAUAGCCCUGUAUGAAAUAAAAAGAGUCGCAAACGACGCUUGGACGUCAGAAACGGCGCACAACAGUGUGUUCACUGGAAGCAGCGACAAACAUAAACAAAAUUGCGACGAUCGCGGGACCGCCCGCGAGGAAAUAAAACAUCGCCACAAACCGCCACCAUACCAGCCCUGCCGUACUGCUUCGCUCCGCCAGCCGGUGCAUUGCAAGCAGCAGCCAGUCAGCAGUCCGCUAUCGGAAAAUAUUAUUCGUUGUCAAGAUUUGCAAAAUAUCCUGGCGCUACUAAGCUAUGGACGAUGAAAUCCUAAAGACAGUAGAGUCCAUGCUCGGCACCAACAUCCAGGUGGUAGACUGCGAGAAAACCCAAACUAUCCGGGAAGAGGAAGUGCUACUGAUCAAUGGAGUUCCAGUCACAUUGGAAGGUUCCGAUGGCAAUGCCAUCAAAAAAGCGCUCAUCGCCGGUGAAAUUCCCUCCUGUGAAAUGCUCAAUCAGCUGCUCUUCAGAGCCGGCGUACUCCGACAACCGGUACAGCUGGAAACGUCUCUAAGUGUGAAAACUAGUACCGUUACCACUGAGGACAUCACCAUUGCCCGUAAUGGACGGAUACUGGACGAGCGAUCGUGCGAAACCAAGGAAAACAAUUACUACACCAGCACGUCUAACGAAAUAUGGGAACCCGUCAGCCGGCUCAAAAAGAAGAAGCAAGACGUCAUCAACGCCAGUACGGUGGACGACAUGCUCUCAAAUCAACUUAAAAGCGAACUGUACUUAGUAGCAAACGAAACUUCCUGUGAAAACGUUCCUUCCCACCCCAUGCGCCAAAACUCGAUUUGCACUGAAUCUUCCACGUCUUCGUCGACGGAAUCCAAUUACUCGUCUUCGCGCCCAGUCAGCAACGUCUCGACUACGUCCUACGAUAACUUUGUCUGCCAAAUGACUCCGUCGCACCCGCGAGCUGCGACCGAACUGAGCAAAUCGUCCACCAAAGUUUCACCCAACAAGCAAAGUAUUAGCUGUGAUUCCGGAAACGACGAAAUCACGCUCACCUCGGUCUACAGCAGCGGCAUCGGUGGUCACGAGUACUACCCGUUCAACGACAUCUCCAAAACCGACACCACCAACUCGAUGCAAACCGAAUCGUCCUUUGGGUGUGAAUUUUCUCCACCUGCAUCAUUCCACGACGAGCCGGACUUUGCCGUUAUUCCGAAGCAUGGUGGCGUUUCGACGACGUCACCGAUUCCCCAGAAGCGACGUAAUCGAACUCCUCUGCUUCGGAGCAGACCUCAGAGGCAUUUGGUGAAAAAUGUACGGAAUGACGGCAUUGCGAAUAAUACCGAUGAUCCCAGCCUCAAUGACGACAAUUGUCUGGUCUACCGAGAUGGAAAUCUGAUUUCCGGUACGCUGGAAACGCUCAUCAAGCAUAUGGUGCCAACGGACGAGUACUACCCGGACCAGUCAUACCUUUUUGCUUUUCUGCUCAGUGCACGGCUGUUUAUUAAGCCGCACGAGCUUCUGCAGCAAGCAUGUGAUAUCUGCCAUCAGCAGCAGCAGCUGAACGUUCAUCUCAACAACAACAACAACACCACCAUCGCAAAUCAGCAAAAAGUCCAAAAUCUGAGCCGGUUUGCAUGUAACUUUGUCCAGCUAUUGUCCGAAUGGAUCGAAACAUUCCCUUACGAUUUCCGUGACGAACGGGUAAUGCAACACGUACGCACAAUGACGCAAAAGUGCAUCAGCAUUGACGGAAAGCUUCGAACGAAGGUAUCCACAUUGCUGCAGAAUCUCUUGCAGAGGCUCAAAACGCUCGAAAAGUACGAAGAAUUUCUCGACAAACUUAAUCUAGAGAGCAGCAAGGAAUGUGACUUGAAACAUGGCGGACAACAACGAAGCGACUCGCGAAGUAGUAGCAAUAGUUUUCAUCAAUCUACGGAGAAGUCAUCCUCUUCGAUACAUCAUCAUACGUCAUCGUCUACAUCAUCCGUGAACAGUAUUUCUUCGAUUAGUUCGACACUUUCAACGCCGGAUAUUACGGAUCUUUGUCCUAGUCCAUCAGUAUUAGCGCACCAGUUGACUCAUAUUGAGCUCGAACGAUUGUCCUACAUCGGACCGGAGGAGUUUGUACAAGCAUUUGCCAAAGAAAAUCCCAAUGUCGACACGUCGAUCAAGGACAUGAAGAAGACGCGCAAUCUCGAAUCCUACGUGCAGUGGUUCAACCGGCUGUCGUACAUUGUGGCCACUGAGAUAUGCAAACAUUCGAAGAAAAAGCAACGUGCCAGAGUUAUUGAGUAUUGGAUCGAAACGGCCCGGGAGUCAUUCAACAUCGGGAACUUCAACACGCUGAUGGCCAUCAUCGCCGGGCUUAAUUUGUCGCCGAUUUCGCGGUUGAAGAAAACGUGGGCCAAGAUCCAGUCAGCCAAAUUCUCCAUACUGGAGCACCAAAUGGAUCCGACGAGCAAUUUCAGCAGCUAUCGAUCAACGCUCAAGGCUGCCAUGUGGCGAUCAGAAGGUGCUACCGACGAGCGGCAGCGAAUUGUCAUUCCAUUCUUCAGUCUACUAGUCAAGGAUUUAUACUUCCUCAAUGAAGGAUGUACAAACAAAUUACCGAACGGCCAUAUCAAUUUCGAGAAGUUCUGGCAGUUGGCCAAGCAGGUCAACGAGUUCAUCGGCUGGAAGCAGGUCACGUGCCCUUACGAAAAGAACAACAAAAUCAUCAUGUUCCUACAGACCAACAGUAUUUUGAACGAGAACACACUGGCAAUGGCGUCGUUCGACUGUGAACCACCGGAAAACAGCAGCGAGAAGGAUCGCUACAAAACACUGAAGCACGAGCACUUCAAUAACUAAAUAGUUUGCGCCAAUUUUGUCCAACUUUAGUUUCGCACAACUUUUACACAUUCUACUGUAGCUGAACUAUUCAUUUCAAACGGAUCUACUUACACAAACUAUAGAACCUACAUUCAAACAACCACACAAACACCCACACACACACACAAAGAGACGAAAUCUCACAUUUGACACUGCAUUUAUCGAUAAAAGAUUUUUAGAUAUUUUAUACAAUACGAGGAAUCUUUUUUGUAGCCAUUAGUAUGCUCUCCUCUAGGUAGAAGCGACAUGUCCCCAGCAGGGCAUGCGAUAUCGGUAGAUCGACAUUAUAACAAACAUAAGACAAAGCUCUAACAACAGCCAGAACAUUAAAUCAGUAAUAACUAAGUGUGGUACGGGGUAACGUACGUAGCUAUACAAAAUGAAAUUGGAAAACUAAUUGUGCGAUCAUCAUUAUUACGAUUUUAGGUUUUGUUUCACCCAGUGAAAAUGCGAAGUGAACUUUCAAACGUAUUUCAGAAAUAUGACGAAAGACUAGCGAACUUUUUUGUAUGUUGCAGCAGCAAACCAUUGUGAUUAGUUUUGUUUGUUUAAGUAUUUAUUUUGUUAUUGUUUUCAUUCACUUCGAAGAUUUUAUUUCACCUUGUUUUAUUCGGUCUGAUGUAAAGUGUAUAGUUUAUUUUUAAUUCCUAGAUGUCCCGUGAAUGUUCUCUGUAUAGACUUAGCUUUAGGUUGAGGAGUAUUAAUUUAGUGUGUAAAACCACGUGAAAGCGGUCACUUGCGUUGUUCGCUAGAUGACACCAUGCAUGACACAAAUAUAGAUUACUUUGAAUAAAACUGGCUGUUUUUUUCUGGGUUCAGUAAGUAAUGGCGCGAACGAGCUGACGUGAUGGUCUUUUUUACAUCAAAAUUUAAGGACGCAUUCACGGCCUUUGCUAACCCUCUGGACUUUCUUCUACUGAACUUCCACCAACUUACAGCAAGAUGUGUAACGGUAACAGCGGGCAAUGCUCACAUCUCGCAUCCAGGGAGACCAGGUGAAUUUAACAUUCAUUCAGCAAACUUGCGGUCGCUAAAUGUUCGUGAAUACUUGUAAACUAAAA